AUGACACAAAGAUUUCCAAACCCCACAGAUAUGUCUGGUAUGGCUGGAACAGUGGAGGAGAUAAAUGGCACAGAGGUGGACAGCGAGAGCUAUUUGAGGUUCAGCCCAACAUCUGUUUCUACAGGAGCAGCCGCUGCCACAUUUGGACAUACUGCAAAUGUAUAUGUUUACAUCUCGAUCUUCCUCAGCUUGCUGUUUUUUCUGCUCACCCUGCUGAUCAUUGCUGUCCACAGGCUGAAGAACAUCAUAUCCUCAAGUUCUUCAUACCCUGAAUGUAGCAGUGAGGCAGGAAGCUCUUUCACUAACAUGGAGAUCUGCAGCAUCUCCUCACAGAAAUCAACUGUGUCAUCACUGUCCUACUGA